AUGCAUAUUUCUAUACUGGGUUUCACCUGCGUCGCGGGUAUCUUGCUCCGCAUCUUCCUCCCCGCCUUGCAAGAUUUCUUGUCGCCACUACGACGAAUUCCAGGGCCGCUUGCGGCGAGAUUUGGCAAGUUGUGGUGGUUCAACCGCGUCCGCCAAGGUCAUUUUCACCACGAUGACAUUGCGCUUCACCGCAAGUACGGCCCGGUCGUUCGGCUCGCCCCACGCCACUACAGCAUUGAUGAUCUCAACGCAGUCAAGAUGGUGUACGGGGCUGGAAGCAAGUUCCCCAAGGGCGACUGGUAUUACGCUUGGCAGCCUCCGGGUGAUGACAAGUACAGCUUGUUCUCCGACAGGAACAUCAAGCGUCAUGCCGACACACGCAAGCGGUUUCAAUCUUUAUAUAGCAUGACGUCUGUGGUCUCAUAUGAGCCGCUUGCAGAUGAGUGUGCCGACAUCUUCGUCGGCAGGCUGAACGAGAUGGUCGCAGCGUCGAAGCCUAUCGACAUGGCCCAUUGGUUCCAGUGCUACGCGUUUGAUGUCAUUUCAUCCAUUACCUAUGGCCGCCGGUUUGGGUUCCUCGAUAAAGGCGAAGAUAUUGACGGCACUAUCAAUGAAGUGGACAAGAUUACAUGGCAUGGCACAUUGGCCGGCAUCUAUGCUGGGCUCCAUGACUGGCUCUUCACUCUGGCAACAAAAUUCUCGUGGUCUGGCGCGAAAGGUCGGGUCACAAUAGCGAAGUUUGUGCAGCAGCAAAUAGGCGAAAGACUCCAGUCUCGACAAGGUUCCAAUGCCACGAAUGGGCUUAAGGAAACGGACGAGUCUCAAGAGGACUUUCUGAACAGACUGCUCUCCCUCAACGAACAGAAUCCUGAGAAGUACACUAAAUAUCACGUAUUCAUGGUGGGCCUGUCGAACAUUAUGGCCGGGUUCGAUACCACAGCUCUAAGUCUCUCCGCCGUUCUGUAUUACUUGCUGAAGAACCCCCAAAUGAUGGCAAAACUAAAAGAGGAGAUACAUGGAUUCACAGCUCAUGGAUGUCAUGCAAAGAAUAUCCCGUUCAAGGAGAGUCAGGACCUACCCUAUUUUCAAGCUAUUGUCAAGGAGGCCCUUCGGCUACACCCUGCAGGUGGACUUCCACUCUGGCGCCUCGUCCCUGAAGGCGGCGCCACCAUUUCUGGACAAUACUUUCCCGAAGGGACAGUCAUUGGGAUCAAUGCGUGGGUAGCACAUCACAACAAGGAGAUAUAUGGCUCUGAUGCAGAUACUUUUCGGCCCGAGCGCUGGCUCGAGGCUGAGACUGAGGCGGAACUUGGCAAUAAAGAACGAUUGAGACAGAUGGAUACCUACUAUCUGCCGUUCGGGGCAGGGUCGAGAUCAUGCAUCGGGAAGAACAUUGCCCUUCUAGAAAUAUCGAAACUGAUCCCGCGGCUGAUACGAGACUUCGACUUUUGUCUCGAACACCCGGAGAAGGAAUGGGACACGAGAAACUUCUGGUUUGUGCGUCCAAAGAGCCUGUCGGUAAAGGUCCAACAGACGGCGGUUGAUAAGUUAGAUGGUAAAGCAUAG